GAGGAGCGAGGGCGGGCGCCUGCGCUGUGCGCGCGCGGCCGGAGCGGCGGGGACGUGCGUGCGGGCCUCCCCUGCCUGCGUGUGCCCAGCCCGUGCCUGCCGGGAGCUGUGCGGGAGCCGCGAGGAUGGUGAACGUGCUGAAGGGCGUGCUCAUCGAGUGCGACCCAGCAAUGAAGCAGUUUCUGCUCUACUUGGAUGAGUCAAAUGCACUGGGAAAGAAGUUCAUCAUACAAGACCUGGAUGAAACUCAUGUCUUUGUUUUAGCCGAGCUGGUUAACUUCCUCCAAGAGAGAGUGGGCGAGCUAAUGGACCAGAACUCUUUUCCUAUUACUCAGAAAUAAAAAGGCUAGAGAAAUGAGAUUACUGCCAGUGUGGGAAUAGUGAAUUUCAAUAAGUUGGGUUGUUACUGUUUUAAUAGAUAAAUUGUGGUUAGUAAGUUCUACCUGAAAGUGGCUAUUCUAGAAAAUUGAUAAUUUUCAAAAUAUUCUUCAAUUUUGUUUCUUGCUUUGAAAGACUAUGGUAUCUUUAUUAAAAUCCAUAAAAUGAUAUACUUGAGGUCUUGCAUAGAGUGUUUUUUUGAUGCAUGCUUUCUGUUUUUCCUUUAGGAUUAUCUUUUUAAAUGGUAUGACCCAAAAAUUAGAGUGGUGUUUCAGUUUUGGAAUGCAAUAUGAAAUUUCCUGGCAUGUUAUAUUCCUGUGGAAUUGAUUAAAUCUGGUUAUAGUGUGACUGAUAGAAUGUAAAGAACAUCUGUUGAAGUAUCUGUGCUUGAUGGAACAUCCCUGUAAGUUGAAGGUACGUUCAGAAGACAUCGGUUAUUUUUUUAACUUAAUGAGUUUUAUACAUCAAAUUUUUUUGUCAAACAUUUUACAGAUACCCCAUAAUAAUUGUCUAGUUUUACUAAGGCUGUGGUUUCUGUGUUUGGGGAGUGCUGGUGGGAAUUUAGGGUUUUGUCAGGUAGAAGCAAAAUCUGUUACCCUGCAUCAUAACAUUUGAGUUGUAAACUGAUUAGUUCCAUCAACAAUAGCAAGUUAAAAGGGGAAAAUAAAUUGGAGACCAGUCCUUUAGAUGUCACUGCUUGCAUUUUUUUUCACUGAAGCUAGCACCUAAUCACAAGAAGCUAUGUGAACAGGAAGGGGAAAAUAAAGAGUUGGUUGCUCUAUUUACAAAAAAA